UAAUGACUCACUGACAGCAGCCCGCUGAGCUUGAACUGUCCGGCGGCAAAGCAUUCUGGGCCAGUGCGGUGUCAGACGCCAUGAUUUUCCUGUAGCUGGACCAGAAAAUGGACGCUUCCUGCUAGUGAGCUAGUUGAAUGGAGGACGAGCUAAAUCUGAAAGCUAUUAUAAGCAGCCUGGCGCUGCUGAAGUGGAGCUGGGAAAGCUACAGCCAAAGCUAGCUGGCUAAUGCUAGCAGUUGCCAACGUUAGGCUAGCUAAAAGAGGCUAGGUCGAUAAUAAUAACCGGCUGAUCAUAAAAAUAAAAAUAAAUGCACCGUAUCUUGCUCAGCGGAAGGACAGAGUUAUUAGUCGGACCAAAGGCUACACCUUAAGGUAUGGCCUGGAUUUGAUUUGGACGGUGCUGGUGAUGGCAGAAGGGACCGACACUGGCGAAAUGCCCUCCUUUGACCCAAGUCCUAGUUCUGAAGCAAAAAAGAGACCUACUUCUUCUGAUGGCAGAGACGAGCCCAUGAGAAAAAUGCCUGUGUCAAAAUUUGGUUCCAGACCUCGGUUUGAGCCUGUACACUUUGUCAGUGGGGGAAGCAGUGGAGGUGGAAAUGGUGCUGAUGGGAAGGAGAACGAUAAGGAGCGCAGGAGGAGUGAGUUGUACGGUGCAAGACAGUGGAACUCUGAACACUCUUCCUACAAAAGUACCAGCAGAGCGCAAGGCUCCGCAUCCCUGAGGCCGGCUUUUGACAGAGUGCCAUCGUACAGCUCUGACUCUUGGGGUUCCAAUAGAGACAGAGAGCGAGACAGAGAGAUUUUUUCAGGUAGCACGAGUGGGUUGGGUUAUGGAGGACGUGGGUCCUCUUCCAACUUCAUGGCAAAAACACAGCAGGACUACAUAUCCAAAUAUGAAGCGCACACCUCUCGAAAUUCAGAUUCCUAUUCACAGCCCCACAGAUACAAUGGUUACGGGGGAGGGAGCAGAUCAGGAGGCUGGGAUUUGGGACGUCAGGGUUUGGGGUACAGUCAUCAGGACCGGCCGUCAUCAAGCAGGCCGUUCUGCAGAGUCUACAACAGCCCGGGCAGGAGCAGUCCCACCACUUCUCAGUCGGGUUCUUCGUCACAGCCCCUGCCUGUAUCUCAGUCAACAUUGGAUGAGAAGCAAAGGCUGAUUACCAAUGUAGGGUCUGCGUUGGCUGUUGCUUUUAGGGACCCUAUGUUCAUGACCGGAAGUGAGUCGCCAAACUAUAAUUUCAUGCUGAGCCGCAGCAUUCAGGCCUGCAAGACUAAUCCUGAGUAUAUUUAUGUCAACCUGAAGGAUAUUCCUCAGGCUGACCUACCGAAGAACAGGAAAGUACCAACAGACGGUUAUGCCUGUGAACUGAGAUGCCAGGGUGUGUAUCUUGCUACUGGAUACUCUGGGAGUAAAAAUGGAGCAAGGGAUCGGGCCUCUGAGCAGGCUGUAAAACUCUUCCUGAAACCAGUAGAGGUUCGUGUGGUGCAGCGCAAAUACAGACACUCCACGGUCAGUGACAUAGUUGUGUGCCAGAUGCAAAGCCCAACCCCGGCCUUUUUACCUGCUCUCCGCAACCCCCAGGAUAAGCCGACGCCCAGCUCUAAGGGUCAAUACGAGCCUGACAAACGGAAGCACUGGACCGAGUUUGUGGUUAUGGACAAUGCUCACGACGCCAUCUGCAUACUCAACAAUUCGGCGGCUUUUAAUCGCAUGAAGAUAGACUAUAAGUUCGACCUGCUCCCAAACAGCAGUGCUUGGCUGUGCAGUGUUUUCCUGCAGGAUGAGCUGGUAGCGCAGGCAACAGGCACUAAAAAGAACUCAAAGCACGCAGCGGCGGAAGAGGCAGUCAGGAAACUUCGCAUGAACCAGGCACAACGACAACAGCAGCAACUGCAGCAGCAGCAACAACAGCAGCAGCAACAACAACAACAACAGUCACAAUACUCCAGAGGAAAUAAUCAAUCGGAUUGUGGUGGACGCUUUGGGCAACAAGGUGGCAAAAAGAAGCAUCUGAGCGAGUUAGUUAUCCUGGAAAACUCUGACAAUGCAAUCUGUAUCAUUAAUGACACAGCUCAGUUUAAUAAAGUGUCUGCCGAUUACAAGUUCACGGUUCUGCCUGAUCAUCGCUGGAGGUGUGAAGUUUACUUGGAAGGACAGUAUGUGGCAGCAGGAAUUGGGCCCAAGAAAAUAGUGAAGCACAUUGCAGCAGAAGAGGCCUUAGCAACUUUGAGACAGACGCAAGCUGUGGUCAAAUCCAACCUAAGAAAGGAGGGGCACAACGAUGCCAUAUCCCGAUCCCAGAUCCUGGCUCGCUCCGGUGAGGAGGCCACGAGGCAGGAGAUUAAGGAAGACAACAUCGGAAACCAGCUGCUCCGCAAAAUGGGCUGGAAGGGAGGUGGUCUGGGACGAGAUGGGGAAGGCAUCGCAGAACCAAUCAGAGUGAAGGAGCAGUUCUCCAGAGAAGGGUUGGGAAUGGACACGGACAAAACUGGAAACCAGCUCAGCAAGCGUGAUAUUGAGGACAUCAUUCGUAACUAUGCCAGUUCAGACCGCCAGGAUGACCUUCGCUUCUCGACCGACCUCACCAACGAUGAACGCAAGCAAAUCCACCAGAUCUCUCAGAAAUAUGGCCUACGAAGCAAGUCAUACGGACAAGGACGGCAACGGUUCCUUGUUGUCAGUCGCAAAGUACACAAAGAUCAGCUCAUUGGUCAGCUUUUACAGGAAGGACAGGUGGGACGAUAUGAGCUGGUGAAACCCCAGGCGUCUCACUAAUUUGCAUGCAGAACAAAAUGAAGAAAACAAAGUUGUCAUUGACUUGGACUUCACAACAAAUCACACUCAAGUGUAACUGCUUUGUUUUUACUUCUGUGACAAAUUUACAGCACACAUUAAUAAAUGAGAAUCCUUCAGGUAACACCUGUGGUUUCCACAUUCCUUUGCCAUAUAAUGUAUAGCAGGGGCUUUAGGAAAUGUAAUUUUCUUUUGUCUCUUGCCAUUCCACAUCCUGUAUUUGUUUCACUUUUGCACAACUAGCUACUGUUCAGUGCUUUGUGGUAUCAUGUCCUGAUGAUGCUACAGUUAAAAAAAGGCUUUUGAGGUUUUUCCUCACCACUUUUUGUUUCUAUUUAAGGAACCUGGCAGAAUAUGCAGCUUUUCACUGCUCGUUCAUGAACAUUGUAGAGUGUUGACUCAUGAAAGAUGAGGAUUAGAGGCGGUGACAUCAAACUGUAGCUAGGUGCUCAUACCAGUCUCGCUGUAGUGAUACAUCUCUAUUCAGCAAUACCUGCAGUGUUGUUUGCUCUGUUAACACCAGGAGAUCAUCCUAAAAGUACAAGCUGCAUUGAAGAUGUGAUCUUUGUUAAAUGUCAGAAAUGUUGGUUUACGUGAGUACAGUUAACUUGUCUGCUUGUUUUCACAGCUGUAAUUACUGAAUAAAUUAACUGAUAACCAUCAA